AUGAGGCCCUCGACCACUUCGAGCCACAGCCGAAUACAGGUGCCACGUGAUGACCUCUCCGCUGAGCCAGCGGUCGUUGCGAAUGGAUUCCGCGUGCUGCCUGAGAAUAGCUCGAUUGAGAUACAGGAACACAAUGUCGCCGCAUUUUCGAUGCCGCAGGAAGCUCUUUCUUUCGAGCCUGACGAUCACGCCGUCUUCGCACGCUUCAUGAAUGGCGACUCUGAGAGGAAGUUGCAUUGCAACAUUGAGUUGACUCACGAGGAGUUGGAGGCGCUACGCCUUCUGCAGGAAGAAGCAAGGGCGCAACACGUUGCGCUGCCGGUGUCCAUAUCUGCCUCCGCCACGCGGUAUCUCAGCCACUCUCAUGGGGACCCAAAGAAGGCGCUCAAAAUGAUGGAGACCACCACUGAAUGGCGCAGCUCCUACUUCACCAGGCCGCUCUCUGACACAGACAUGGCAGAGGAUCUUAAGCUGGGUCUCGCAUACUUCACAGGCCGGGACAAGGCCCUGCGUCCUGUGCUUGUCUUCCGCGCUGCGCGCAUACCAGCUGCAUGGCAUAGGGAGAGGCGCUAUGACCAGGUCAUUAGAGUUCUGGUCUUUUGCAUGGAGUAUUUUCUUCGGUACAUGGCAGUCCCUGGGAAGAUCGAGAGCAUCAACGUGGUCAUAGAUCUGAAGGACUUGACCCUCUCUCAAAUUCCCAUCGGAGUGCUGCGCGAAGUGCACAGGAGCAUGGGAAUGUACUACGUGGGUCGCAUCUUCCGAUUUUACAUUUGCAACAUGCCUCGCAUUCUGGGAACCUUGGUUCCGUUGGCAAAGAAGGUGCUCACAGAGCGUCAGCGGCAGAAGCUCGUCUUCGUUUGCAGGUCAGAUGACAUCACGAAGGACAUCGCAGAAAGGCAACUGGAGGAGGACCUUGGCGGCUCACGGCCAAUGCUGAAGGAAUUCUUUCCCUUUCCGCUGCUGCCGGGGCCCUUCGAGCCUGACGUGCCUCCUUCACCGCAGUCUUCCGCUGAAGCAGUCCCUGGCUCCGAGCUCAGUGUUCACAAGGUGCUCACGGCCGAGGGGUUCAAGGGCCGACUCUGGAACUGGCGUAAAAAGCCGGAGGAGAACCAGAGGCUUGAUUUCUCGGACUGCGCAGCUGACAUCUUUCGCAAGUGUGGCUUGCCUGUGCCUGCAGAAAUUGUCCCAAAAGCCACGCCGCCAGCUGCAGGCCUUCUUUCUGAAGGAACACGGACGCCGCGGGAGGUGAUGAUCACGAAUUCGAUGGACGAGGAGCUACCACAUCCUGAGGCAGCGGUGGUCUCUGAUGAGAGCACCAAGGUGCUUGUUGAUUCUCUCAUGUGCCCGCGCCUCAAUUUUGCAGCAGGGUACCAGGUGGAAGUCUCCACGCUGCCGCCCCUUCCCCCGUUCUCCAUCUAUCCGCAGCUUUGGACGAACCCCGCGGAAUUCACGAUCGCCGCGCGAAGCUACAAGAGGUCGAGGUUGUGCAGCGCCGACGUUGCUGCCUAUUUUCCGGCUGUGGCGGUGGUUAGUGUGGCCCGGGGAAUGUUGCCACUCGCGUUUGACUGGUUACCACUUGUGUUUCAUGUUUUGACGGGCCAGCUGGUGGAGGGCAUGGCCGUUGUUGCAGCGUGCAGUGCUGCGCAGAGGGGUGGGGUCGAGGAAAAUCUUGAUGAGGGAGAGCAGCAGUGCACCUACAAUGCCGAGCGGGUCAUUGGCAACGGGACCUUCGGCAUCGUGUAUUCCGCCCACAUUGUUGAAACCAACGAGACUGUCGCCAUCAAGAAGGUUUUUGUCGACCGACGGUAUCGCAAUCGAGAGCUGCAGGUUUGGCGUGAGAUGCACCAUCCAAAUAUUGUGACAUUAAAGCACGCCUUCUACACUUCCGGGGACUCACCAGACGAGCUGUAUCUUAACAUGGUGAUGGAGUACGUUCCCGAGACCGUGUACUGUGUCAUGAAGCGCUUCGGCAAACAGAAGCAGCAGAUGCCUCGCAUCAUCAUCCAGCUCUACACAUACCAGGCGUGCCGUGCGCUGGGUCAUCUGCAUGCCAGUGGUGUGGUCCACCGGGACAUAAAGCCACAGAAUUUGCUGGUUGAUGCAAACCGCGGGCACUUGCUGAAGCUCUGUGACUUCGGUUCAGCGGCCCGGCUAAGCCAGGGGCGUCCAGCCUUGGUCGCCUACAUAUGCUCCCGCUACUACCGCGCGCCGGAGCUGAUUUUCGGUGCAACAAAUUACACCACAGCGGUGGACCUCUGGUCGAUUGGCUGCGUGUUGGCCGAGAUGCUUCGAGGGCGACCGCUAUUCCCUGGAGAGAAUGGAGUCGAUCAGCUGGUGGAGAUUGUCAAGGUUCUGGGUUCGCCGUCUCGAAGGCAGGUCCUGGCGAUGAAUCCUCAGUACUUCAGCUUCGCUUUUCCGACAGUUCCGGCAUGCAGCUGGAGCACGGUGUUUCGGAGAAACGUUUCACCGGAGUUUAUCACUCUGCUGACGGAGUUUCUUCAGUACGACCCCGAGGCUCGCAUCAAGCCCCUCGAGGCCUGCGCCCACAGCUCCUUCGACAGCCUCCGUGAGGAGCAGGCUCGGUGCCCUGAUGGCCAGCCGCUGCCUCCAGAUCUCUUCAACCUCACACAGAGGGAGCUGAGGAGCUGUUCCGCCAGCCUGCAUGAGCGCCUUGUGCCGGCCUGGCAUGCAGCCCGGUGCCCUGGCAGCCCUCCGCAGCCGCAGGCCAACUGUGUGUAG